AUGCUUGCUGCCGAUACUCAUUCUCGAUUGUAUUGUGUUCAUUAUGUACCAUCAAAUAUUGAUUGUCCAGAUUGUCGUUUAACUGAAAAAGACUAUAUAAAUCGACCACUCUAUGCUCCUCUAUAUGUUCCUCUACCGAAUUUAUCUACUGUACUUGAUAAUUCACAGCUCAAAUUACCUAAUACAUUUUAUGUACCAUUCAAUGAGAAAAAUAAUAAUUUUACCAGAUCUUUACUAUCAGAUGAUUGUGUCGAAAUAAAGACAAAGAAUGGCAUUGUUCGAAUACCUCGAUCAACAUUUGUUCAUCGAUCUCGUUUGAAUGAAUCUCCUACAUAUAAUAAUCAAUUGUCAACGAAAAGUUCUGCUUGUAAUUCACAACAAGCAUUUCCUGAUGAUUUUCAAAAACAUUCACAUCGUUUUACACGUAGUUUUAGUUGGAAAACUAAACCAGAAGAACCACCAUUUUCAUAA